AUGUCCGUGCAGGGCCUCUUAGAGGCUUUGAGUUUCCCUUACCAUGAACCUCGACACGGCUUCUGGGGUGAGAAGACCUCCACCUUGAACUUUUGUGAAGAGGACUAUGUCAUGAGCUAUUACUGUGCCGAGGUUUGCAAUACGCUCACAAAUGCUCUCUUUAUUUGGCUAGGCUACAGGGGAAUUCGAGACUGCUUUAGACACAAGCAUCAAGCCAUCUUCCCUAUAACGUUCGCCGGUUACCUCGUGGUUGGUCUAGGGUCUACUCUAUUCCAUGCUACUCUUAAGUAUCCGAUGCAGCUCGUGGACGAAUUGGCGAUGAUAUAUACGACCUGUUUUAUGUGCUUUGCCACAUUCUCAUAUGGUAGAUCUGCCGCUUUUUCCUCCUGUCUCGGCGUUGGUCUCGUCAGCCUUGCGUGGUUCAUUACUGCGAGGUAUUACACAACUAAGGACCCUCAGUUUCACCAAGAUGCUUAUGCGGUUUUGACCGCCAUUGUGGUGUUCUCCAACAUGUGGAUCAUGGAGCGAAUACUCAGACCAGCUUUGAAGAAGAGAGAAGAAAGUAGGCGAGGAGCUCGCUCUCCGAGGCUGCCGACGACCAAUGAGAUGCUUAAGCAGAUGUGGGUCAUGGUUGCAACAGGUCUUAGCAUCUUCCUUGGUGGUUACCUCAUCUGGAACCUAGACAAUACGUACUGCAACACCAUUCGCGGGUGGAGACAUCAACUUCAGCUUCCCUGGGCCAUUGUACUUGAAGGUCAUGCUUGGUGGCACCUCAUGACAGGAAUAGGUGCAUAUUUCUAUAUCAUCUGGCGUAUAUGGAUCCAUCGUUGCUUAGAUGGCGACGAAGACAAAUUUCGACUUCACUGGCCUUCAAUAUUCAGCAUGCCAGAAAUUACCGCCAUAGAAGACGCAUCCGACAAGAAAAAGCAAUAA